AGUUUGUUCUCACGCUGGUAGUCACACACAAUGCAAAAGAGUUACUAACUUAAGCAGAUUUAAUUUACUAGCAUUUAAGUAUUUCGAGGGUGACGAUGGUCAUUUCAGAUAUGGAGACAUGGGCAAUCCACAAAGUGCAUUCUCGUAGACCAAUUCUCAUUUCUGCAGAUGAUUACUAGUCUCCCUGGUCUCAAUGAAGCAAGAUCAGGCCAUUUCAGUCUUUAAGAAUUGAUGGAUUCCCGGGAUUUUCUGCUGAUUCCAGACCAUAUUUUUUGCUUCAGUGCACUUUGAGAUAAACGUUUCUAAUAUUCUCUGUAAGCAACAACAACCGGAGGCUUUAGAUUACUGUGGUUAAAGACGUUAGUCGCCAAAUUUCCCAUGCUAUUUUAGAUAUAAUCAAGAAUCCCCCACGUACACAGAAAACAGUGUAAUGUAUUUUUUCUUCGGUCGUGACUCUUCAUUAGUUUAAUGAAUGUGGACAGGAUCCCUGAUAUAGAAUUUUAGGGUCAGCGGUAACUGAAAACAUUGGCUUUUCUGUCGCAGAGAAUUAAGGGAAUGGAAAGAAACGCAAAUGCCUUUUUUGACUUUCACAGAAAAUAAACGCUUGAUCCUUAGUUUAUAACGAUUUGUCGAGAUCGGACACAAUGCGACCACUGGCGCUAAUACUGUGCGUGGGAAAACAAGCCACUGACGUUACGUUGUGCGAAAGGGCAAAUCAAGAAAGCUACCAAUCAGAGAAGACGUUUCUUUGACACUUACGUUACGGUUAUUUAAUACUGACCAAGGGCUCUAGAACUCAAAACGGAUUACUUAAAUAUCUGUGAAAGAAAAGGUCGGGAAGAUGGAAAUUUUCACACUUAACACGCUUUCCUCUAAAAUGAAUGCAUUCCUGACAGUAAAAUAAAAGGAACGUUAACAAGAACGGCAAUUUGAAUCUAACUUAUGAAUUUAUUAAGAUGUCGACAACAUACGUUGAUUAACAGACCUCUACACAAUCAUAGACGGAUUUCGGGCUCAAGAACAAUACAACAAGGAUAUCAGAUUAUUUGUAGGCCUCCAACGUUCUGUUUACCGUUGGCACCAGCCCGUAAAGUUAAUCACGCUGUGAUCACGCGAUGGCGGCUUCUUUACCAGUCAUGCACGAAUUAUGAUUGAUGUGAUCCCACCCCCGAUCAGAUAAUAGAUUUCACUAGAAACGUUCUUUAUUCUCAAGACUGCUCAUUUAGAAAAUGACAUACACGUGACGCAGCAUAGCUUUUUGUUUUAAAAGCACCCAUUCAGCUAACUCUCGAACAGGAAUUUGCUUGAUGAUUAAUGGAAUGAAAAUUAAUUUAACUUACUUUGAUUCCGAACAUUUGUGAACAUAACAUACUUUUGAUAGAUCUUGAAACAGACAGACAGACAUAGCGACAGGAACAGUGGUGUGUGUCAUUCCAGAUUGCUGAUAUUACCGCAAGAUUGCGACUGAAUCAGGGCAUGACACGUCAAUCAUGGAUUCCUGUCUCAACAGGGUAGUAAUUUCCUGUUGGCUUCAUUUUUCAGUAGACGGACAAAGCAUCAAGACGUGACAAACGCGUACUUUAAUUUUAACUUGAUUUUUGACUGAGCCUGAAGAGAAAAGGACAGAGUGACUUCCAAGCAUGAGCGUCAUACUGAAGCUAAACAGUUUUUUUGGUUAAUUUUCAAAUUAAGUAACUCGUCGACUCUCACAGAUGUUGAGACCAACCGAGAAAGACGGCCACGCACUCCUUAGCACUUGCCUGAAAAAACCCAAGGGACAAUCAGAGACUUCAUCUUCAGAAGAUCAGAAAUGAGAUCCAACCGAAUGGAAUCGAAGAUCCAACAGAAUGGAUCCAACAGUCUUGAGUGGUUUAAGCAAACUUCUUACUUUACUUUGUUGGCGCUUAAAAAACAGCAUAAAUUUAUGACGUCACUGGUGAAAUGCCUGCGCAUGUCAAUGCUUGCAAGGCACAGAAUUUCGGCCACGUUGAGGCUGAGGCCACACAAAUAAGACUACAUGUCACAAGUGAGCAAACCUCCCCCAUCCUCCAAGUUUUGAACGAGAUGCAUUUAAUAAGGAGGAGUGUUAUCGCAUCUCACCAACAACGCAGGGAAGAUGCAAGAAUCUUUUCAAGGCUCCAGAGGGAGUCCUUUGCCAUCCGACUUAAAAUACUCAUGAAUGACCAAACCAGAGGUGCUCUAUCACCGGGUUGACGAAGGCCACAAAAGGGACAGUUUAUUUAAAAGUUAAAAAGUUUACCAUAUUUAAAAGUCGUUAAGUUGUUUACGAAAUACAUUAAUACAUUGUUGGUUUACAAAUGUUCAUUAUGUAAAGAGAAUGUAUAACGAGGAGGAUAUUAACUAACCUUUGGUGUAAAUCAUAAUUCAUAAAUCAUAAGUAUUGAAGUCAUGAGAAAUAAAAGAAAAAAUAAUAAUAAAGGAAGUUAAUACAAACAAA